AAUGAGCAAAUAAUAAACUAGUCAAUUAAUUAUGCAUGCAUGAGUACACACAGUGAUGGGGAAUUAUUCAUAUGUAGGCUAUAUAUAUAUAUAUAUAUGAAAUAAACUGUAGUCAGUACGAGAGCAGCAGUAACAUGAGCCUAUAAACUGCCACUGAGUGUGGAAACUGCGGUGUAUGUAUUAUGUAAGACAUAAUAAAUAAAUAAUCGGUGAAGCGCGCGCGGGUUCUGCUGCAGAGAAACUGGAACAACGGUGUUGAAUUAGAUCCUGUUCAUCAGUGUCCAGCUCACUUUUACGUUUUACCUCGUCCCCUGUACCUGUGCAAGGUGCCCGGCGUCGAUUCCAGCCCGAAUGACGAGCCCCAGCAACGCGGCCGCCAAGAAGGUCCGCACUGAGUACAUGAAGAAGUUCCGCGAGCCGAAAUGGGAGACGUUCUCCAAGUGCUACCAGGACUCGGUGAAGUACAGGCUGAGCCGCCGGGUGAUGGAGCAGACGCACCGGCCGCUGUUCGCGGACAGCUGGGACAGCGGGUCGGACUCCAGCGGCAGGUCCAGCCCCGGGGUCAGAGGUGACAGAUCGACGGAGUCCUCAAACCCGCACCCGUCCUCCUCCGAGAGCGCAGAGACGCCCAAGGUGAACACGGAACAGGACACGGACACGCCGGGGCAGAACUCACAUCCCGUAGAGAAUGGAUACCAGCACGUCGCAGCGAACGGGCCGUCUGAGCUCGGAGUGAGACAGAGACACCGGGCUCCUCGGUCUGAACCCGGUGUCCCUCGGCGUGAACUCGACACCGACGAGUCCACCGACUCCACGCUGAGAAAACCGAUCCGAGCCAAGAGCCAGCCGCCGGCCAGCGCUGCGGAGAGACCCUCCAACCGGGACAACAGACGCUCGAAUAUCCGCUACGACUGGACCGAGAGGAGCAUGGAGGCCAGGGAGAGGAGGAGGCUCAACAUGAAAGGCUCGGCGUCCGCCGGAGAGAUCCACCGGGCCGACGUCGGGGUCCAGACACGGCGCGAUUCUGAAAAACACCGGGCCUCGGAGCGUCGGAGAGCGAGGUCGGCCGAUCUGGAGAAGUUGCGACGGUCCGAGCUUUCCGCAGCGGGCGAUCGCUGGAUUACCGAGUACAUGCGCUGCUUCUCGGCCAGGCUGAGGUAAAAACCACCAGGAUUGAACCUUGAUCUAAGAUGAUCUUCAGAUUUUUAAUAGAGCGCUUCGUCAACUUUCCAAAAAUCUGAUGAAUGUUACACCAAGUGUAUAUGACUGACGUGAGAACGGACUUUCUGUUUCAGUUGUUGCACCGAGAAUGGCCUGGACCAUGCUGAGACCAAAAGACUUCCAUUAUGCUUAUAGC